GUCAAACAUUCCAAUCUCUCCUUUUGCAUCUGAGUUUGACACGAGUUGACAUACGCUACUGCAAAAACCUGAAUGCUGAAAAGCUGAACUUUUGGAGAACGAACUUUGUUUUUGGUGGAUAACUGUGGACUAUUGGGUAAUUAAUUACUGUUACUGGAAAAGCCAACAACUGUGAUAAUGGCUUUCAGUCGGCUGCGAUCGCCUGCCUGGGAGGGACACCUGCAGAUUGGAGCUGCUGGUGUGUCCGACAACGACUAUGGAAGUGGCUCCUCUCAGAAUCCAGCCUGCGAUGCUGAACUUGCUGAAGUGUUCCCCCAGCUGAUCAGAGCCAUCAGCCUCCCUCGCUACAUCGCUGAUGUGGCACCUGAGGUCGAGGUUGAGGAAGGUGAGUAUAUCCCCCCACUUUUGGAUGAUGAUGAUGAUGAUGAUGAGGAGGAUGGGAGUAUUUUUCAGUAUGAAGAGGGUGAGAUGGCUUUCUACGCGCUCUCCUCUGAUGAGGAAGAGGACGAGGACGAGGAUGACGAGAUGCUGGAUGACUCCGGUUACGACAGCAUGUUGGAUGAGGAUGACGACGAUGUCGGACAUCGCUCUCCUCUCAUCCAACGGCCCAGGCUACUAGUGUUGCCUCCCGUUUCCCCUCGUCUUCCUCCUGGUCUUCCUGCUGGUGCUCCCCUCCACCUUCACCCAUCUUUUGGGAUUCAGUUGCUGUUCCUCAGAGACUGAUUGUCAGGCACCUUCUGGUACCUGUUCAGAAAUAGCAGCCUGUGGAAUAUCAGCAACUACUUGAGGAUAAAACAGAGGAUUCUGUCUUCAGCUUCCUGCCUGCACCCUCAGUGUCUCGCAUGAGGAGAUGGACGCAAAACCUCAUGGAGGGAAGUAGCUCGGAAGAGUCGGCUCCCUGAAUUCCUGGCCUCAGCUCCUCCACGAAGAGGACAAGCGCUUCCUCCUGUUCCCACUGGCGUCACCGUUCCUGUUGGUGUUCCCGCUGGUACUCCGGUCCACCCUCAUUCUUCUUUUCAGUUGCUGUUCCUCAGAGACUGAUUGUCAGGCACCUUCUAGUACCUGUUCAGAAAUAGCAGCUUGUGGAAUAUCAGCAACUACUUGAGGAUAAAACUGAGAGGAUUCUGUCCUCGUGGUCGUGGCAGCUUCCUGCCUACACCCCCAGCGUCUCACAACAAGCCGAGAUGGGCACAAAACAUCACAGAGAGAAGUAGCUCUAAAGAGCCUGCUCCCUCAAUUCCUGGCCUCAGCUGCUCCACAAAAAGGAGCAGCAAAGAGAGCUGGACGCAGGUAAGUGAGAAGAGGCCGAGGAGGUUUUGGUAGUAGAGACCCAGUUCCACCGACCCCUGGCCCCCAGGCCUGAGGAAGAGAACUGCAAGCAAGUUACUGCCAAGAGACAGUCCUAUUAUCACCUUUUUAAUAAUUCAAUGAUUAUCUUACUCACUCUUUUUGUUUUAUAAGUGUUUACUUUUUACUGAACCAGAGGUAAGGCAAUAGUAACAAUUUUCUCCUGCAGUUAUUUUUAUGUAAUGAUUUAGUUCUCUGUUCUUUGAUGUUGUAGAUGGCUAUAUCUGAUACAUGGUAAUAAUUAAUAACAUCAUUAACAAAGUCUUUUGCUGUUUUUUAUGAUCACCUUUUUCAGUGAUUAUUUAUCUUGCUGUUCUCACUAUGUUGUUCUUUGAGUAUUUUCUUACAUGCUAUAGAUAGCUGGAGCAGACCGAGGUAAGGCAAUAAUAAAUAGCCAUAUUAAGAAAAUUCUCCUUUUUGUCUUUUCAUAAGUUAUUUAAUAUUUUUGGUGAUUUAUUUAUAUUUCUCACUAUGUUGUACUUUAAUAUUGUUUUUUGUUAAAGUGUAUCUGACAGAGGUAGGAUAAUAACGUUAAUCUGCAAGUCUAUCUUUAAUAUUUUAGUGAUUAUCUAAUCUUACUCACUCUGCUGUACUUUUUAAAAACAUUACUAUAGUUAGCUGAACUGGACAGAAGUAAGGAAAUAAUAGUCUCAACAAAAGUCUCUUACAUGUUUGUUAUCAGUUAUUUAAUGAGUUGGUCAUUUUUUUAAAUCUUACUCACUCUGUUGUACUUUAUGUUUAGAUGACUAUCAGACAGAUGUAUGGUUAUAAUUAACAUUGACAAAGCUCUCCUACAGGUUGUAUUAUCACUUAUUUAAAAAUGUAUUUAUCUUACUUUGUUGUACUUUUUUUUUUUUUUUUUUUCCCCUGCAGUAGAUCAGCUGUUUCCUUGACGACAAAGAAGUUGGUCCUCCCUACCAGAUGAGAAGCGCGGCUGACGACAAGACAAGUCGGAGAGCGAUGGUCCCCUGUGUUUUAGUCAACAAAUAGAGGCAGGACUCUUUGGCGUUCCUGGGCCAUGUGUGAGUGGAUGUGGACCAGCUGGGCAGGACAAUACUACAUGUAGCAGCACAUCAGUCCACACAGUGAACCACUCUCAGCAGCCUCCUGGGUCGGCCCAGACUGAGCCUUCCUACGCAGCCUACUAUUCACUCUUUUUUUUAUUGUUACCGCUUGACUAGUUUGGUGUUGAAUUCAAUAAAUGAGAACAUCAGACAUCUGA